AUGGGUGACAGGCUGACCAAGCUGUCCCCCCCUGACCCCAUCACACCUCCUCCUGACCUCCCCCAGGCUGACCAAGCUGUCUCCCCCGACCCCAUCACACCCCCUGACCUCCCCCAGGCUGACCAAGCUGUCCCCCCUGACCCCAUCACACCCCCUGACCUCCCCCAGGCUGACCAAGCUGCUGACCAAGCUGUCCCCCCUGACCCCAUCACACCUCCUCCUGACCUCCCCCAGGCUGACCAAGCUGUCCCCCCUGACCCCAUCACACCCCCUGACCUCCCCCAGGCUGACCAAGCUGUCCCCCCUGACCCCAUCACACCUCCUCCUGACCUCCCCCAGGCUGACCAAGCUGCUGACCAAGCUGUCCCCCCUGACCCCAUCACACCUCCUCCUGACCUCCCCCAGGCUGACCAAGCAGUCCCCCCUGACCCCAUCACACCCCCUGACCUCCCCCAGGCUGACCAAGCUGUCCCCCCUGACCCCAUCACACCUCCUCCUGACCUCCCCCAGGCUGACCAAGCUGUCCCCCCUGACCCCAUCACACCCCCUGACCUCCCCCAGGAUGACCAAGCUGUCCCCCCUGACCCCAUCACACCUCCUCCUGACCUCCCCCAGGCUGACCAAGCUGUCUCCCCCGACCCCAUCACACCCCCUGACCUCCCCCAGGCUGACCAAGCUGUCCCCCCUGACCCCAUCACACCCCCUGACCUCCCCCAGGCUGACCAAGCUGCUGACCAAGCUGUCCCCCCUGACCCCAUCACACCUCCUCCUGACCUCCCCCAGGCUGACCAAGCUGUCCCCCCUGACCCCAUCACACCCCCUGACCUCCCCCAGGCUGACCAAGCUGAUGACCAAGCUGUCCCCCCUGACCCCAUCACACCCCCUGACCUCCCCCAGGCUGACCAAGCUGUCCCCCCUGACCCCAUCACACCUCCUCCUGACCUCCCCCAGGCUGACCAAGCUGUCCCCCCUGACCCCAUCACACCCCCUGACCUCCCCCAGGCUGACCAAGCUGUCCCCCCUGACCCCAUCACACCCCCUGACCUCCCCCAGGAUGACCAAGCUGUCCCCCCUGACCCCAUCACACCUCCUCCUGACCUCCCCCAGGCUGACCAAGCUGUCCCCCCUGACCCCAUCACACCUCCUCCUGACCUCCCCCAGGCUGACCAAGCUGUCCCCCCUGACCCCAUCACACCCCCUGACCUCCCCCAGGAUGACCAAGCUGUCCCCCCUGACCCCAUCACACCCCCUGACCUCCCCCAGGCUGACCAAGCUGUCCCCCCUGACCCCAUCACACCUCCUCCUGACCUCCCCCAGGCUGACCAAGCUGUCUCCCCCGACCCCAUCACACCCCCUGACCUCCCCCAGGCUGACCAAGCUGUCUCCCCCUGA